CGUAUGGUCUUAACAGGGUGCUGCUCGCAUAUUCAUACAAGUGCAGCUGGUAAAAGGCACAGAAGAUGUGGGAAAUAAUUAACAAAUUAUAUAUAGCAUCUAAAGAUGUUCUAAAGGAUGUUAACCGAGGUAGUGGUUUGUGGAGGUGUUGAUAUACUUAUCAAACUAAUAGCUACCUUGCAUAGCUACAUACAUACGAACAUACGUAAGUUUACGUUCAGUACAGUUGCUAUUUACGUACGAUUCGGAGUCGAAUUUCACUCGUAUAUUUAAGGUGAUCUAAGUUUGCUUCAAAUCUACCAAUUCUCCGCUCAGGUGAAUAUUGCUUCGUAUUGUUUGCCAACAUCCUGCAGGCACUGGUAUGGGUCCGAUAUGCUAGUAAACAGAUUAAAAGGAAGAAAGAAAUAAGUUAAAUAGAAUUAAUGUUACUUAUUUUGGAAGCUUGUUAAGUGCGGCAUACAGAUAAGUAUAAUACACCAAGGUUGUGCACUGUACAUUAUUGACCUUGUUGGUGGCAUACAUGUUGGAUAGUGAGUGAACGAGGAAGCUGUUAGUUCAGAUAGAACACCAGUAACGGACAAAUCACGUCAUCAGCGAGAUAAGAAUACGCAUCAUUGCAGAUACAAGGAUACGCAUUACUUAACGAGCCAUCCAUUUAUGCAAAUCGUACACUGAACGGUUCUACCCGUCAUGCAUAGUAUGUUGCAUUAAAUCUUCCACGGUAAUGCAGAGGCGUAUUUAAUAAACGAUAUAUGUAACCAAAUUCUUACAGACUUUUUUAUUUAACAAUCCACGAGAUAACCAAUCAGGAUAAGAUGUCAGCAAAUUCUCCAUUCACAAUCAGUACCUCCUCUGCAAGCCAUAUGGUGCGAGAACAAAGAUACAACGACAAUGAGAGCCAUCAUUGCUAUAUACUUCAUAUCUCAUUUCAACCAGUUUACACCCCUGAAGGCUCUAUACCUCUAUCUAGUUAUAAGAAGAUACCAAGAAUCGUAAACGGGAUUCCAUUUGGAGCAGGAAGGACUACAGGGGACCAAUCUAUUAUAAAAUGGAGGUAUAUUGAAGGCGGGAAAAACUUUCAAACAUUUGUCUCACUACCAAUCUCAUUGGAAGAUGCAGAGGAUACCAGGAUGAGACUAAAAGAUCGUCUGAUAACUCAAUCACGUGAUAUUUUUGCGGAUGUAACAGUGCGAGCUACAGUAAUGUUAUCGAGAUGCGUGCAUUAUGAUGCGGACUUUUUGCUAAAUGACCUUGCCGACCCAUUGGAUGAGACCCUGCAUUUUCAUGAUUAAUAACCGGUUUUUUUAUAUUCAUGUAUCUGAAAGCCCAUGGUAAAUUCAGGCCCGUAGCCAGGAUUUG